AGAGGGAGGAGCUGGAGGAGGAGGAGGAGAGGCAGCAAUAGCAGCAGGAGCCGCAGCAGGAGCCGCGGCAGCAACGCGUAGACGCGGCCCCCCGCCUGGCAGCGAGGCAGAAAGCCGGCGCGGGGACAGCGAGACAGCCCGGGCCCCCGGAGCACUUCAGCUGGGCGCCGCUGUCUGCAGUUCCAGACGCCGGCCCGGCCUGGUGCCCACCUGCCCGUCUGCGCGAGCGGAGGCUGCUGCAGAAGCGAGGUGAGGAAGAUCACUCAGCGAGCUCCUACUGUGUGCCCCAGCUCUGUACUAGGGCCUGGAGAUACAAAGACGAGGAAACAUCGUUCCUGUGUUCAGAGCUCACCUUAGGUCAGGGUGGUUGGCUGUUCCUGCUGGACCAAGGCCCAGGCCACGUCGGCGCAUGAAACUGGCCUUCGUCUCUGCCAUGGAAGGAGCCCCAGCGCUGUGCUGCCAAGACCCCUGCACAGAACUGGUGGAAAGAGUUGCCACCAUUGAUGUGGCCGAACUGGGGGGAGCAGGCGAGGGGGACGACUGCAUGGUCUUCUCUGGGGACGGCCACAGCCGAGACUGCCCGACAAGCAGCGGUCCCCCUGAAGCCAGAGAGAGAAUCCCAUCGGCCCCCUCCCUGACCACGAGAGAUGCCCAUCCCCAGAAGGACCCCACAUACGUCCCUGUCCAGCCUUCCCUGUCCAACAGGAAGCUCUCCCUCCAGGAAAAAUCAAGCAGAAGCUGUCUGUCUGCUGCUGGCCCCUCUGGGAGCGGGCCCUAUGCCACAGGGCCUGCCAACCACAUCUCACCCUGCAUCGUACGCCGGCCCACCAUCGAAUCCAACCGAGUGUCCAUCUCAGAUGUGGAGGACUGUGUCCAGCUAAACCAGUACAAACUCCAGAGUGAGAUCGGAAAGGGCUCCUACGGUGUGGUGCGGCUGGCUUACAAUGAGUCUGAUGACAAGUAUUAUGCCAUGAAAGUCCUGUCCAAAAAGAAGCUACUAAAGCAAUACGGAUUCCCACGUCGCCCUCCUCCUCGAGGCUCUAAAGCUGCUAUGGGUGGUCAGACUGUACCCCUGGCACCCCUGGAUCGGGUCUAUCAGGAAAUUGCCAUCUUAAAGAAGUUGGACCAUGUGAACAUUGUAAAACUCAUCGAGGUCCUGGAUGACCCCGCUGAGGACAGCCUCUACAUGGUGUUUGACCUGCUCCAAAAGGGCCCUGUCAUGGAGGUGCCCUGUGAUGACCCCUUCACUGAGGAGCAAGCUUGGCCCUACCUGCGGGACAUUGUCCUGGGCCUGGAGUACCUGCAUUACCAGAAGAUCAUUCAUCGAGACAUCAAGCCAUCCAACCUGCUCUUGGGGGACGAUGACCGGGUGAAGAUCGCGGACUUUGGGGUCAGCAAUCAGUUUGAAGGGAACGACGCCCAGCUGUCCAGCACUGCGGGAACCCCAGCCUUCAUGGCCCCAGAGGCCAUCUCUGAUUCGGGCCAGAGCUUCAGAGGAAAGGCCCUGGAUGUCUGGGCUACAGGCAUCACUUUGUAUUGCUUUGUCUACGGGAAGUGCCCUUUCAUUGAUGAUUCCAUCCUGGCCCUCCACCAGAAGAUCAGGAAGGAGGAAGUGGGAUUCCCAGAGCAGCCCCCGAUCAGUGAGUCACUCCAGGACCUGAUCCUCCGGAUGUUGGACAAGAACCCCCAGACAAGGAUUGUGAUCCCUGAAAUCAAGUUACACCCCUGGGUGACCAAGAAUGGAGAGUACCCUCUCCCCUCCGAGGAGGAGCACUGCACUAUUGUGGAGGUAACAGAGGAGGAGGUGAAGAACUCGGUCAAGCUGAUCCCUCGGCUGCCCACUGUGAUCCUUGUGAAGGCCAUGUUAAGGAAACGUUCUUUUGGGAAUCCAUUUGAAACCCACUUCAAAUCAGAGGGCAGGUCUCCGUCAAGAACCUUAUUAAAGAAAGAAGAGUGUAACAAAGAUGUGCCUGACCCCCAUGAGGACCAGCCUGCCUCCUGAGCCCCCCACAGCCCCCUCGGGGGUCCUUGCACUGCUGCUGUCACCUCUCAUCCUGGGAUCAUGCACCCACCCCCAUAAAGGUUGUGAAACACCCUCCCCCAAAGGGGAAGAGAAGGGACACGUAGGGGGAGGGGGGAGGGGAGGAGCAGGUGCUGGCUGGCCAGGGAGCUUUGGGGACAUUGUUUACAGCGACGCAUGGGCCGAAAUCCUGUCCUGCUGGCCUUCCCCAGCCCCGGAGCCUGGGCCUCAUCUCCAUCGUGCUUGAGCCCCUACAGCCUUCAACAUCUUGACUGAUGAAUGUGUUUAAUUUAGAAUUCUAGGGGAAACGGAGCUUUCCCCCACCCCAGCAGUGGUGGGUGGGACCUAGAAUGUGGGAGAGGAGGAGAGAAUUAUGUGGGGUUCCCACAGCUUCAGUCUCACGGCCUAUCUAGCGGAAUGUGACUAGAAUGAGGAAGCUGCUGACGGUGUAGAUAUUAACGAUGACCUCUCCCCUAUCCCCCCUUCCCCCAAAAACAUCCAGAAGGGCCCUAUGUUUACAACGGGGAGUGAUCCUCUACCCACCUAGCCCGUUACCACCCUCCACUCCUCUCUUUUGUUACUGUCCAAAGCCUGCGCUGCAGGAAACAGCGCUUGGCAGAAGGCUGUGCUCUACAGCAACCUCGACCCCCAGGAGCCUGAUGUGGGCGUGGUAACACCCCCCUGACCUGGGGGAAUUAGUAAGCGAUGGUGUAGGACAAUACCCUGGCUGUUCUUGAGUAGAGGACAGGAGAUUUGGGAAGGCCCGCUGAGGGCUGGGCUGAGUCCUCUGGAAUAACUGGAAGUAGAACCCUUUCCCCAAAUCUUUAAAACUUGAGAAUUACCAGUCUGUUGCUUCCCUGCCCUCCUGGUACCAUUUGGUCCUACAAGUUCCAAAUGUCCCCAGUGCAAGUCAGCCACUGAGCUGACUUGGAGACACCCGUUCUGAACAAAAGCAGUGUGAGAUAGAAUAUCAGGAAAGAAAAAGCUGACUGGGGUUGAGUGGCCUGGAUCUUCUGUGGGCUUGGGUCAGUACAGCCACUCAGGAAGGGCCUCUCUCUCACCUCGGGGCCCGAGGUUACCGGACGGCCAAGUUUUGUACUCAAUUGGACCAAACGUUAAAGGACACCACAUGAGGCCCCCAGGGCACUUCUUGCUGUUGCUGUGGUAAACCAGGAAACUGAAUGUCGGGCCUCCUUCAGCCAGCCAACCCUCCCUGUGCAGCCCCAGAGCUGAGCUGUGGGCCCCUGGCAGGCUGUCUCUUCUGCACUCAGGCCACUUCUAUGCAGAUGCUGCUUGAUUUGGGGUGCUAAGAAGAGUGUCAGUGUCUAAGCUUCUUGUUUAAGUGCUGUUCAUUAGGUCAAGAGCACCAGUUGUUGGGGCCUGAGGGCCCCAGUGGGAGAUGUGCCAGGGCCCCACCCUAGGGGGAGCCCCCAGGCCAACACCCAGAGACCACCAAGCUUGCAAAGCCCUGACUCCUGCCAGACACAAGAGCGAGUUUAAAACGGGAACGUUCUGCCACCCAAUGCCUAGAAAACACGCUCAUCUACACGUUUCUGUCCUUCCAAGUACAGCACAUUCAGAAACCAGGGAGUUCAAAGGAAACUCCUGUGGGAUCCGUGAGGUUGAAAACAAGGAGGACUGAAGCCCAAGGGCUCCCCAAACAGGCACACAUGCUUUCUCCUCACACCUGUUUCCACACGUGUGCACGCUCUAUGCAUGACGUGUAUUAUAAUGUAGAUCUUCUCAUAUAUCAGCCUCUCUAUUCACUCUCAAGAGGUGGAGGGUGAGAUAGAAGAGAAACCUCAGAUGGGAGCUCCUUAAGAGGACAGAGACCUCUGUACAGUCCCAAGGCCUGUCACAGCUGAGGAAACAGGCUUCUCGGAGAGAGCCACAUGGGUGGGAAGCAGAGCACGCACCCAUGAGAGGCCCGAGGAGGCCACAUCUGGGAGCCCAGGGGGCACUGUCCUCUGGUACUUGCUUAUGGGUGAGUUUGGGGAGGACCUGGCUCCCUUUGUCCCCUGCUCCCAAGAGCCAUGUAGAGGAAGGCAGCCUGGUUGGUUAGGAAAGAUUUCCAUGUUUGUGAGCCCAGGUGCCCAGCAAGGCCUCCACCUUGUGGGCUGGACCCACAGGGGCAUCUACGCCCCCUGACUCAGUGGCCAAGCAGACCUGAGUGACCCACAAAGCAGGGUCUGGUCCCAUGGACCCUGAGCGAGUUCCAGGAGCUCCUUUCCCCCAUCCCCCUCCUCACCUGAGGGUUCCUCCCAUGCCCUUUCCUCAUCUGAACACCUUCUCGUCUUUGCCCUGCCUCAGCUGCUAGCCCUUGACGCUUUUAACGGGUGUCCCUGGUUCUCAGUGCUGGGGCCUGCUGACCACCUCACCUAGGCACACACACAAGCUCUGACCUCAUGCAGGGCUCUUGGGCAGGGUUUUGGCUGGAUUCCAUGGCUCCCCAGGCACACACUGGGAAUCCCUCCGGAGCCAGCCUGAGCGACUGGGGUGAAGCCCACUCAGAUAUCUGACUUGUCCUGAGAUCUCGAAAGGGCUGCCUGGGGAAGGAGGGAUCAGAAGUGCUCAUUGGGGGCCACUUUCCACAGGGCCUCCAUUUGGAGCCAGCCUUGGAAGGAGCUGGGGGAAAUGGACUAUAUGUGUAUUUGGAGAAUUGUGGCCAGAUGGCAUGGAAACCUGUACAUACUUAUUAAAAUGUAAAUAUGCAAA